UUUUGGCACGUUCGUGCGUGUUCCCUAUUUAAUUCCUUUGUGUCUGAAACGCAGAAGCAAUACUUUCAAAUUACAUUUCGUUCUCAUAACCACAGUGUACGGUGAUAACCAUGCGUUGCGUUCAGAGCUUUAUUUUCGGUCUCUUCCUGCUCCAACUGGCAAGAGGCGAAGACAAUAUAUUAGGUGAGUCAUUAUGUGUUGUGGCGGCAAAACUGAUUAUCUCUGCUUCAAGUUGAAUGUGUUUAGCAACACUCGUCAUCGUAGAUAAAAAAAAUAGAAAAAAGAGUAAGACGAAAGAUGACCGGCAUUGAGAUUUUCGUUUUGAAAUUUUGAUUACGUUAUGUAUUUAUUUAAUUCUAUGCAUCAGUGAACUAGGUGUAGAACGUAACCGGACCUGUCAAAUAUUUUCUUUCGGGAUAAGUUUACCUUCCUCUUUUUCCACGAAAAUCCUUGCGAUGAAGCAAUAUAGAUACCAUGUGAUGUUGGGUGCCGCAACCAAGGCAACUCUUCACUCGUGGGGUGAGAUGACAUAUUAUUUCUCCAGAGGAGAGCUCCACGAUAUCAAAAUAGCCUAAGCAGUGGUAUGUUAGAUUUUUUCCAAUCUCAGUGGGGUGCUCAGGGUAACAAGGAUAGCGCAGGAAGUGAAACAGAUCGUGUAACGCAAUCGCUGUUUCCGCGCUCGCUCCCGCGUUCGCGCGUGGUUAACGCGAUUACACGUGAGCGAUGAGUAAUCAGUUACGAAGACACGUUUGUGAGGAUAAAAUUGAGUAUGUACCCUUAAUGCCAUUUGUUUAAUUGACCACAACUGGUAUCCUUUUUACAAAAUUGGUAUUCAACGGCGCAAAUUUCCUUCUGACUCGAUAUUUUUGGGUCGUUUAAGAAAUUUACGGCUUUUAUUACUCGGAACCAAAUGAUGAUCUUUAUUUUUUGUUUCGAUAAUAGGUAAGACAUGCCCACCUCCAGAAGCUCCGGAAAAUGCUGAUGCAAUUGGCAAUAACACGGCUGGUUCCGUCGUCAAAUUCUUGUGUAAAGAGGGCUUCUAUCGACUUGGAAAUCCUCAUAGAAUCAGAUGUCAGUCAAAUGGACAAUGGACUAAACAUAAUGUGUCCUGUGUUGGUCAGUACAGAUUAGAUGUCAAAUAAUUUCAUCAUGGUUAUGAUUCUCCAUAUAUAGUCGAACCUGUAAUAAGCACUCACCCACCGGGAAUGCGAGAAUGGCGGGGUGACAGCCUAAUACAGUUUCAACAGUUUAGGGUACUAGAAAAACGAUAAACAACGCCACUUGGGAGGAAAAAUGUAUCAAAAAGUACUUUAAAGAUUAUUCUUAGUUUCAUUUGGGUGGUCCCGUUUCUAGAGACCGUUCAAUACAAGUAGAGGACCAUAAAAACAGGCCGCUGGGAUAAAAUAAAGGACCGACCACUUAAUAGAGGUGAACAUUAUAGUGAUUAAGGGGAAGAAAUUCGGGACUUUGACAACUGACUGUUUAAGACAGGUGGGACUGUAACAAUUUAUGAAACACGUCUAUUUCUUGGAACUGAUUGUUUUGUUCUCAAGAUUUCUGUUUUAAAAUUAUUGUUCCAUAUUUUAAUUUGCUGAUGUUGUUACGUUAUUUCCCUUAAUUAAAUGAUAUACAGUCGUGACUCAUGUUCUAUUUUUUCAGUAACGUUGACGAUGAUUUUCAUUUUCUAAUUCUAUUUAUUUUAACUUGAUGUAGUUAUCGUAUCCUAUCUCUUUUCAGCUGUAAGUUGUGGAGACCCUGGAUCUCCCUUGAAUGGAAAACGCAAGGGCUGGUUAUUUCAGUACAAUAACAGUGUCACUUUCGACUGCCAUCGCGGUUUUAAACUGGAAGGCCCCAACGCAAGAACAUGUCUUGCGAACCAAACCUGGAGUGGCACGCAGCCAAUUUGCAAACGUAAGAUUACAUUAUGCAGCAAGAUGUUCUCUUGUAUUUUAAAAAUGUAGUAUACGAUUAAAACGAAUCAUCAUGACCCCGUGUCAAUGAAGUCUCCUGUGUAACGAACAGAAUUCACGAUUUCACCCACGAUAGUAAUAUGGAUGCAACUAAGAGAGAAUAACGUACCAUCUUUCCUCUUGAUGUAACAGAAUCCAACUUAAAUAAACAAACCCUCAUUCCGCUGACUUAGUUUCCCGUCAUCUAGUACCUUUUUAUACGUACCUGGGUGCGUUAGGUCCGGGUUACUUUGGAAUCCCUUCAUUAAGAAUGCCUUAAAGCGUAGACAUCUACCCCGAUAUAAUGAAUGCUUGUUUUUCCUCGUCAAUGCAAUAUACUAAAAGUCAAAUAGAUGGAUCAGUAUCGCGAUAGAAUGAGCCAUCGCUAUGACGAAAAAUUUAUUUGAUUGAUAUAUUUUUUAGCUGUACCCUGCGAGGAGCCUCCAAAAGUGCCUGACGCAGUGAUGUUCGGCGGUGGGUUUGUUUUUGGAGCACACGUGUAUUACACUUGUAAUGAAGGGUAUAAAUUGAAAGGACAAGAUACUUUGACAUGUGGGGAAGAUGGAAAGUGGGUCGGUGAGACACCUGUUUGUAAAGGUGAGUUUCUUAGUUGACUUUCGUUUUGUACCUUUUUUUCUCUAUACAUGAAUGAAGCACGGAGUAAAGUGAAUGAGUAGCUUUCAAAUAUACCAAUUACUUAACAAAUAGAGAAGCGUUGACUGUGCUCUGUUGCAAAGCACACAAGAAGCGUGCUAGAGCACGAAAGAAGAAUAGGGAGAAACACGAGACGUAGUCGACUUGAAAACAAAGUCCAAAAGAGAACAACAGUGUCGGCAGCACGCCCUAUAUUCUCAUAAAGCACGCUACAAUAAGCCAAUCAGAAUCCCAGUUAGAAUAGUUCAAAUAAUCUGAUUGGCUGUAUAAGACUAAAGCUGUCAAAAAUGUCAAACCAUGUAAUUUCACAUUCUGCAAUAGUUUACAAACUGAAGUACUUCGGCAGGUCGAAGUUUUUUAGGGAGUGGCAGUGUAACCGAUUGAUCACGGGUUGCUGAACUGGUUGUCGCGAGUUCAAGCAUCACACCUUGCUACUCACUGGAUUGUUCUCGUUUGCCUUAAGUGCAACUACCUGGCUGCACCUUCUAGAGAACCAACUGGUCCACCUCCUGCUAGUUGUUAUUUUUUUAACACUAGGUUUAUUUACAAUUUUUUCUUUUUUUCAUUUUUUUUUUCUUGAGAGGAGAAGACCCAUUAGGUAGCUAUCAAUUGAGGCCAUUGUUUUUAUUACUAAUAUUAUUACUAUAAUUAUUUUUAUUACUGUCAUUAUUAUUUCCUGUUUAGUGGUAACGUGUGCUGAUCCCGGUACACCUCAACACGGUUCAACAAAUUCAACCGGCCCUCCAUUCUCUUACCUGUCAAUGAUCUUCUAUAAAUGUAACGAUGGAUACAUUUUGUAUGGAUCUGACAGGCGCUCUUGUGUUGGUGAAGGGGAGUGGACUGGGGUGCAACCGUUUUGUGUUGGUAAAUAAGUAAACAUCUCUGUACCUUUGAUUAAUGAUAUCAUGGUAGUACAUCUUUUAUUUCGCUUUAUCAUGUUUCAUGAUGAUCAGUUUCUUUCCCGACAAUCAUUGCACUGUUUUAGUGCUUAUUUCGGUUUCUCUUCCUUACUAUAACUUACACUUUCAUUUUAUCAUUUUUACACUCCUAUGUCCAUUGUCAAUCAAUCUUCUUUUCAUUUUUUCUUACUUUGUUUUUUAAAGCUGCUUCCAGGGGUUUCAAAAUAUUUUGUGAAAAGUUUAUUAAGGGCCAUUAGGUCGCGGCUUGUUUUGAAACCCUGCGCUUCUAGUUUUACCUCAGCUUCACCUUCUUAAAGUUCAUUAACCUCAUAAGCACGUUGUCCAGAGGGACAGGCGAAUUUUAAUACUCGAGUGUGUUAUUUUCUCAGAUUUACAUCUAUCUAUUUAUCUAUUUGUUUAUUUUAUAGAAUGUGCAGGUGUUAACACCCCAGUCUUUGUCAGGAAUGGCCAACGUUUCAUCCAUGGAAUAAUUCAGCAAAAAAGCAAAAAUAUUGUGACAGUUCUGAUUGACUCAUCCAAAGAACAAAGAGACGUUGCGAUAUUUGGACCUGGAACACAACAUUACAUUAUAGUAGAGGACAAACUCCCAUCUCCGAAGAACAUCUUCUUGGGAACGCGUGUGAUUGCAAUGCAAAGAGGAACGUACAUCUUUGCCAAGGUUGACGCGAUCAAUGGUGACAAGUAUUCGCUAACAUUUGAGGACAAACAGCGGACUAAGCAGACUGUGACAUUAGAGCAUAUCCGUAACUUGUUUCCCCCGACAUUCUGUGGUAAGUCAGUCAUGGUACCUUUAUUUAAGCUAAGAAGCCUAUUGAAGUGUUGAGGAAAUUUUUAUUAGCCACCUUCAACAAAAUCUGCCUGGAUCAUGCGGUCAAUCUGCCCAGCUCAACGUCCUCUUCUUUCUUAUAUAACUAGCCAAUACUUUCUUGUAAAAACCUGACGGUCGAGAAACUUUUUCCUUUAAAAGUCUUACAAAGUGACAUCCAAAUGAGGACAUGCUCUUUCUGUUUUGUCCAAGAACUAGACUGCAUCUUACGAAGAAACUUUCCUAUGGCUUUUAACUGUACUUGUCCCAUUAACCAGCGUCUUAAUUUAUUGGCCUGAGCCAAAAAUGAAGCCCUUAAAAACUUUGGACUAGGCUCAACUAACAGCUGCUUUUCUAGAAAUGUGCUCGCGCUCCUUGGAAUAUAUAACUUAGCCACUAAGUUAUAUCCCAAAGAGCGCGAACUUAACGCUCCAAGGAGUGGAACUUAACUCUUGGCAGCACGAUUAUCAAAGACUACGUAUAAAUCUUAUAUUUAUUACUCUUGACAAAAGAUGAAAAUUUGCACCUAAUUUAGGCCAGUUUUCUGAAAUCGCCCUUUGAUUUAUACCAUUACAGCAACAUGUUCAGACCCUGGAAAGCCAAAUAAAGGCUUUAGAACGGACAACUUGGAGGAGUUUAUUGUAAGGACCGAAGUGGAAUUUGGUUGUGAAAUAAAUACCCGUCUGAUCGGAUCAAGUAAGAGAACUUGUCAACCAAAUGGAAGAUGGUCUGGAGAACAACCGACUUGCGAAAGUAAGUGUAAGAGAUACUUUGAAAUAGGCAUAGUUUUGAAGGACAGAAACGAAAAUCGCCAUGACGGCAGUGUAAAUGAUAAAGAGAGAUUCGCGUUGGCAAAUGAAAGAAAUGCAAAUAUUGCAGACAAACUUUUAGAAAAAGCUCGACGUCUCAGUGGCAUCAUGACGCCAUCAACACCAGAAUGGUGAUUAUUCAAAGACAGAAGCAAGAAGACUUGAUAGAGGUGGUAGUUAAUAGAGUCUUUAACAUUUUAUCUUAAUUAAUAAAUGAUCUCCAACGCCUCAAUCAGCCUUUGUUAUGAGCAGUCUAAGAGUAUCUAAGACUUUUGUAUUUAUUAAUAUCAUCAGUUACUGUCUGUAUUUUUUUAGUGAGCUAAUAAAGAUUAGACCCAGUAAACAUAAGGUAUCAAACAAAGACCCUGGCACAAAUAGAGUCAGUUUGCUCGUUAAGACACAGGCCCACCCUGUAAUGAUGUAUUUUACUUCAGCUAGUCUGAAUUUAAACGUGCACGUCAAGAUACUGUUUUCCAAGAUGCAUAAAAUAAAAAUGAAUUUGCUAAUAGUUACUUCGUGCUGGGACCUCGAUGUCUUUCCUCCAAAAAAUGGCAAACGAAUUGGUGAUGACUUUUCUAUUGGAAGCACUGUGACCUUUUCCUGUGACGAGGGAUAUGAGCUUGACGGAGAAUCGAAGCUGACAUGUCGCCCGGAUGGUCAAUGGUCUGACCAUACACCUUUGUGUAAAGGUACGACAAAGCAGUGCGCCUUCUUUGCUUCUAGUCUGUGGUGAAAAUCAGUAAAGACUUUUACUUUCAAUUUCUAACCAGAUUUUAAAUAGUUCGAUUUCCGAUGGAUCUCUUACUGUUAGCUAUUAGAACUUCUAGGCCUAUCUUUGUGAGGGAGGGGGGGAGGGGUGGAGUAGUGCCAUCGCAAUUCUCAGUGAUCGCUGCAAGGUCAACGGGUGACUUCUAUUACUUACGACUUCGUGCAUUAUUUAAAUCAGAGGCCUCCCUUUAAAGGGAAUUUCGCUCCCCCCUCCUACGUUACUCGGGAAAUUUGACAAGGGGAACACGUUUGCAUUGGUGUACAACGAGCCAUAUUCCCUCCCACCCCCCCCCCUCUUUCUUCUCCAUAUCUACGCACACUCUCUCACCUCUCUCGAAAUGUUCCACUGCCUGUUUUAAUUAUUGCUAUAGAAUUUAUUUGCUUUUGACUCUAAAUAUGAUCGACUAUUACGCAUCUCUUACAUUUGUAAGAAAAUUUGAAGUUGUUUGGUCAAUGAGAAGGAUCGUUGUGCGAACGAUUACUUAGAUAUGGAAAUUAUAAAUUUUACAGAUCGUUGCGAGGGCGUGGUUUGUAAACUUGAAGAGAAGUGUGUCUAUAACAGUGCCCAAGGGGUCAGAUGCGUCUGUCGUGACAACGUGGACUGCCCUGCCGAUUUACAACCCAUCUGUGGUUCGGAUGCGAAAACCUACAACAAUUACUGCAUCAUGAAGGCGACUGCUUGUCGAGAAGGAAAGAAGGUGGAGAAGGUAGCAGAUAAGUCAUGUUCUCCUGGUAUGUCUUCUUUCGUCUUGUUCUUUCAAGGUUUCUAAUGCUUAAUCGCCUAUCAGUUGCUAAAGCUAAUACCAGCCAAAUAAAAACCCGAUUACUGGUGCGAUUUUGUUUGUUUGUUUGUGUGUUUUUGUUUUUUUUAGAAAAAAAAUCAUGUAACAUAUGCAGAAAGGCAGUAGUACGUUACAUGACUUUUGAGAAUGGUUGCGGCAAAAACAAGUGAUAAUAGAUAACAUGAGAAUCAUCAUGUUAACCCUUUAACUCCCAAGAUCUCAUUAGUAAGUCUCUUUACUGUAUGCCAAAUGAUUCUCUUAUGUUAGUUUGGAGAAUUUGGUAUCGGAUCAAUUAGUAAUCCCAUGAUUGAUAUUUUCUUUAUUCUCAUCACUUGUCUUUAUGAUAUUGUAUAGAUAUAGUAAGGAGAAAUUCUGUCUUGGUCACUUACGGGAGUUAAAGGAUUAAUGAACUGGAAUGUAUUGGACAUUUUAUCUCUAAAGCCUGAGUAUAAAGUCAGUGUAACAAUGAAAAAGAUAUCGACAGAUCACUAAUCUGUCGUGUUCAUUCCACUUCUAAAAUAACUUAUAUUCAAUUAACAGGUGGAAUUUGUCAGAUAAACCCUGCAAGCAAAUGCAGAGCUUACUUCAGAAAUUUUUAUUUCAACGUGACAACUAAUACGUGUCAGCCAAUCGUUGCUGGUGGUUGUCACCCAAGUGGAUGGAAUGGUUUCCCUACCAUGGAAGAUUGCAAUCGCACUUGUUCUGGUAGGUGGAGCAAUUAAAGAUUUUCGAUAUUUGGGUUAAUGGACCGGUUAUUAUUUAUGUUUGGGGGGGGGGGGGGGGGGGGGGGGGGGGUUGAAGGAUUUUGAUAGUAAAAUUAACGAUAAAAUUAACCUAGUCCCCGCUAAGGUUCUGUAAUUUGCUUAUGAUCCCCCCCCUUCAUUCGCAAUUUUCUAAAGUCCACUCUUUAUACGCGGUUGGCGAAGACUGACCUCCACUCCGUCCCCCAGUGAAAACCAUGUAAUCCCCCAAAUCCCCCAGACCGAUGAUAAAGAAUGUCUGGCCUCUUAUUUCUUAUUUAGUUGUUAUGGUUUGACUCUCGAGAAAAAUACGCUAAAAAAUACAUUGCUGGAUCUUUUUUCAAUACCAUUGCUAUAAAAUCGCUAUAAGUUACUAUAAAUUUGAUUUAUGCAAUGCUUUUAGUGGACGUAUGUAGCCAGCCUACUGAGCCGGGACCGUGUAGCAACACCAUACAUCGAUGGGCAUUUAGCCCCAAAGCUGGUCGUUGUAAACGAUUCAACUAUGGAGGCUGUUUUGGAAAUGAAAAUAACUUUGACAGCAAAGAAAAAUGCAAUAAACGCUGCCCUCCUGUGAUUACUGGUAAGGUGUUCCUGCCGCUUUAUUGUUCGUCCCUUGUUUUUUGCGGUUUUUCGAAGUUUAGAGAUUAAGAAGAAUUCUCUGGGAAUCUUCUAGUUCCUCUUGAAUCGAUCAGAUUGCGAGUGAUGGUCUACGUAGUAAUCUUCAUAAACGGGAGAAGAGUGUGCUGAACGGGAGUCACGCUUAGGCAUUGGAUGAAAGAGAGCAAAAUAAAUAAAUAAAUGAAUAAAAAAGAGCAGGGACGAGGGAGGAGUAGAUACAUUGUAUUUCAGAAAAAAAAAUUUUAUUUCUCCAUAUUACAUUUAAUAUAAAAUCACUAAUGAUCCUUGCUUUCUGAUUGUCUCUCAGCUGUGCAAUAUAUUUACGAGUCGCUCUAGUUUGUGCUCUUAAUCGCAGCUUUUAAAGCUGACGUUGACGGUAUUUUACACUUUGUGUUACUGAACAUUGUGAAAUUACAUGGUUUUUCUUAGAACAAGGAAACAAAGCCUGUCCAAGAUGCACUCAAAGGAAACUUCGUGAGGCAUGCAAAUCCAGCAGUAUCGGUGAGUUGGCCUGUUGUCGACGCACGUUCUCCAUGGAAAUAAAGAGUGAUAAAAGUGAAUUAAAAAUAAUAGUUGUGACGAUGGUAGUGAUAAAAAGAGAAUAUUGCUUUUUCCCUGUAUUUGGUUACCGAAAAGGUUCCAAGCAGCCAGUUUCGUUUUCACAAACGUUCCACCGAACCCUCUACCGUGGAGCUCUUUAG